CUCACAGCAAUGAGACUAGAAUCUAUUGUUGUAAAGACAGUCCUUUUCCCCACUAGAAUCUAAUCAUCUCACUAUGAGCGGGCUAGAUUCCCUUGACUGAAAUCAGGACUACGUGAGGUCCCUUCAGACAAGGGAAAGAAAAGUGAUGCAGUGAACAGGAAGUGACGAUUAUGUCAACGGCGGUUGUCGGAAGAAAUGCGCAAAGGAUAAUGUAACGGCGCGGGGUGUGCUUAAUAUAGUUUAUUUUGCGUUGUGGUUGUAAUACGGAUGUGUGAUUAUACUGAGAAAGGAUUUAUAUUAAGCGUUCGUAUAGCAGUUUUGUUGGCUUGGAAACAGCCUCGUUUAGUGAAAAGAAAAGAAAAUGCCACGUAAAAAAAGAAGUUGUGUUGAAGGUGACAUUUCUCAAACUGAAGUGGAUAAUAAGAACGAAGGGAAAAUGGUGGAGAUCGGCAAAAAGAAGCAGUUUGCUAGGACUAUGUGUAUAGUCAUCUCUGAUAGUGAAGAGGAGAGGGAGAGCACUUCGGAGAAUGUUGUGGAAAAAAAAAAAUUCAAGCGUGAACGUGAUAGAGGAAAACUGUUGGCGAAAAGAAGACUUGCCCAAAUGUCAGAAGAAGAACAGCUAGCUUUGGCUGUUCAGAUGAGCAGACAGGAAGCUUGCCAGAUUAAUUCCAAGGAGGAGGAGGAGGAUGAACUGUUGAGAAAGGCAAUAGCAGAAAGUCUUAAUAGUUGCCAGUCUUCACCUCCUUCAACUAGAAAAACAUCAUUAAUUCAGAAGAACAGUAAAUCUGAAGCACUGCAAGUUCUGCAUAAGAGUCCAGUUUCUGCAGCUGUUGAAAAGGUUGGUCUGGCAUCUUGCAGCUCUAGUACACAGGAAGACAUGGACUGCCACUCACAGUCUUUAAGCCAGAACAGCAAAAGCAGUGGUAGUGGGCAGAGCCCAUCUCAGAAACCUUGUGUGGUUUUAGCAAAACUAAGCCAGGAGCUUCCCAGUUUUGUGGAGCAUUCUGUUUCAACUCCUGUUAAAUUUCCCAAUCAAAACCAGUCAAUUUGCUCUGGACAGAGCUCUCUUCAAAGCUGUUCUACAUUCCAAGCAAAACUGAGCCAAGAACUAUUUCCAAGUUCUCCUGAAUCAUGUGUUGUUUUGCCUCCUACUGCAUUUGCAUCACCUACAUUAGAUCAGUGUCUUGAUGUUGGAUCAAGUCCCAUUCAGAAUCCUUGUGUGGUUUUGCAGAAGCUUAGCCAAGAAUUCCUUCCAAGUUCCAGCAAGUCUGGUUCAAUUAAUGUAGCAGCAUCUCCCAUUAAGGAGCCUUCUGAAGAUGUAAUAAUUUCAGUUCAGAGCCCUCGGGUGGUCUUGGAGAAGCUGAGUAUGGAACUGCAUCCAGGUUCCCCCGUCAAGGAAUUAUCUGUUAGUCCAGUAAAAAAAAGUUCUCCUUUCCCAGAAAAAAAUGGUUCUAAAGAUUCCGUGAGUACAUCUCCAUCUAAAGUUUCAUUUUCCUUAAGUCCUUCUUUUCUCAAGAAGUCACCAAGCUCUAGGCAGAUGAAGCCUCGACAGCUUUUUUUGGAACAAUGCAAAGAAAAGAAAAUCAGUGCUCAUGAAGAACCAGCUUCAUGUUCUUCUGAAAGAAUGAUUAAAGUGUCCCAAAGUCAUAGUUUGGAAUCUCCAGGGCACACUUUUAAGUUGGAGAGGAAAGGGAGAAAAAGGUUGCAGAAAAGUAGCUCUCAGAGUUCCGAAUGUUAUGCUUCUGAAGAAGUAGUGCGUGUGGAAGAAAAUAUUGCCUCACUGUCCAGCUAUAACACUUCAGAUGGUAAAAAUCUGUCUGCAGAUGAGGUGGAAAAUUGUGGUGCAGUGCAUUAUCGCUGGGGCAUUCCUUUCUGUCCAAAAGGGUUAGACCCAGAUCAGUACACUAGAGUCAUUUUGUGCCAGUUUGAAGUGUAUGAGAAAAGCCUGAAACAAGCCCAGCGAUUGCUGCUAUCUAAAGCAAAGAUGGGUGAGCCAGUACUCCCAGCACCAGCCCUCUCCCGUUUGAGAAGAAGUGAUAGGGGAAAGGCAGAUUUACUACUUGAUGGAGAAGAAAAAGAGGCAGAGGUCAAUGACUGUGAUGCUGAUAAGGAAACUGAGCCAAUAGUUGAGAAUGAUGUACAGACUAUUGAAUGCCAUAUCUCCUGUGAAGGUGAUACCUUACUUGAGAGCAUUACUCCUGAGCUUAAUGUAAAUGAGAGAGAUGCAUCUGAAAGUGAAUCAAGAAGUCAUCACCAGUCAUUAAUUGUAGAAGAAACUCCUGUAGUGGAAGAAACCCCUGAGGUGAAGAAGACUUCUAUGAGACUCCUUAAAGUGGGAUCUAUGGGCAGAAGAAAAAGCGACUCAAGCACUGGAAGUGACAUUUCUUUGGAGGACCAGGAGGAUGAUAUUCUUAUCUGCCCAGAAACUCAGCAGAGUCUAGAGGAAGUGAAAGAGGAUAAGUAUGAAGCAGUAAAGGAUGAAAAGGAAGAACUGGAGGAAAUGAUAGGGGAAAAAAUGGAGGAAGCAGUGAAGAAAGAUGAAGAGGUAAUGGUGGAGACGGAACAAGAGGAAGAAGUAAAGGAGGAGGAACAAGAGGAAGAAGUAAAAGAAGAGGAGGAAAAACGAGAAAUUGUAACAGUAGUCUUUCCCAAAGAGACUUCUGCAAAUGUAGCCAUUACAGAUCGUUGUGAUAAUGAUGAUGGUAAUGCUGUAGACAUUACAGAAGGCAGUAAUCCAAUGGAAGAAUGUGUGGAGUGCCCUCUCUGUGGUAGGAACUUUCCACUGGCAAAGAUCGAGGUACAUGCUGCAAACUGCAGCGAUAUUGGUGAACAAGAAUACAUUGAAGAAAACUCAGUUGUAACCAGAAGCUACAGAGGAAGGAAAGCUGAACCUGUCAAUGCUAAUGGACUUCCUCCCACAGAAACUAGCAAGAAAUGUGAGAAAUGUUAUGUCUGCCAUUUCCAAGUACCAGUAAGAGAAUAUGAAAGACAUGUUGAUUACUGCUUGCUGGCAGCUAACAGAGACUUGAAGGGAAUUCAGAGGUCAAGAAGAUCAAAGAGAAGUGCAGAGAAUGAUGGAAGACUCCUAAGGGUGCUGGAACAGUCAGAAUCACAGACUACAGAUAACUGUGUAGUUGCUGAGAUCACCAAGCAAAAUGGAUCACAGGCAAGAUUUUCACCCGAGGAGGAGAGAAUGGAAGCUAAAGCUGGUUGCAGUCAGAAGGUAGACAGCUUGCUAAAUCUGCCUUCUAUGUUCCAGCUGACAAAUUCCCCCAUCAAGUCCUUCACUGCCAUUUCUGAAGCCCAGGACUGCCUUAUUGAUUUCAAACAACAGUUUACAUUUCACAAAGGCAAAGAGCAUGGCAAGUUAAGAAGAGGAAACAGAAGAAGAAAAUAGAUUUCACUUUAAUACCAUCCCAAGGCAGUUUCAUUUAUACAAGGAAUACAACUAAUUGAGUUAAAUUUCCAUUGUUGGAACACUGCUAUGGUGUGAACUGAUAAAUGAAGGACUUUAUUAUAAGACAAGCAGUUUGGCACUGUUCUGAUUUUUGUACAUCUUUUAUUGCUUCCCAAAAUAUAUACUUGAAUACAGGGAGCACUUUUACAAAUGAAUUAGAUUUGCUUAUUAUUCAGGUCUUACUUUAUUAAUGGAAUUUUUAAUUUCAGAAAUUAUUAUUGUACUUCAGAUUCACAAAAAAGCCAUAUUUUGCAAAGUAAACAUAAUUCUGAUAAAAAUAAUAAAUUAAACAGAGGACAGUUUAAAUGU